CUGUUUAGAUUCAGUUUAGUUUAUAGUCGCAGAAUGACGGACACGCUGCCAAGUGAUAUAAUCAUGCUCUCGAAUGAAGUUGCGGAAAAAAUAGGCAUCGAAAACCUAGAAGUAUCUUUAGAAGGGGGUAACGCAAAAGGAGAAGGGUACGUUGGCGAAAUAAUUUUCCUUGAAUUAAAGGACAAGAAAAACGGAAAGUGUCAGCAUGUUGCUGUGAAAAGAGCAUUUACUAAUAAAGAAAUGAGGGAUACCAGUCUAAUAAGAGAGGCGUUUUUGAAUGAAAUUUACUUUUAUGAUGAUAUUUUGCCGGCCCUGCAACAAUUUCAACUGGAAAAUGGGUUUGAAAAAUUUGAUAAAAUAAGUCAAUGUUUUUUGACGAGGAAGGAAGACAACCAAGAAUAUUUGGUACUGGAGAACAUAAAAAAAAUCGGGUUUGAACUAUUCGAUAAAACCAAAAUUUUAUCAUACGAGCACAUGGAACUAAUAUAUAAAAAUUAUGCCUAUUUACAUGCGACCAGCUUUUUGUAUAGAAAAUACAAAACGGAAGAAUUUGAUAAACUGAUGGAGGGAUUGUACUCAAUCUAUGAAACGUUUAUGGGUGUCGAAUACACGAGAACAAUGUGGACCGACAUGUUUCAAAUGGUAAGCGAAAAAUUGAUUCCUGGCAAAGACGAUGAAAUUAUAGCUGCUUAUGACAAAUAUUUAAAAGAUGGACUCGAAUUAUUUCGGCGUUCAUGGUUCUACGAGGGAAAAUACCCUGUUCUUACACACGGAGACUGUUGGAGCAAUAACAUGAUGUUUAAGUAUGAUGAGAAAAGGAAUGUUGUGGAUUUAAAAUUGUUGGACUGGCAAAUAGUUAAACCAGGUUCACCAGUUCAAGAUCUAUCGUAUUGCCUUUAUUCAGGUGCAUCACUUGACACUUUCGAAAGACUGGAUGAUCUACUCAAGCUUUAUUAUGAUAACUUUUCUGCAGUUUUACGGCAAUGUGGCGAAAAUCCGGAGGAAGUAUACCCAUUUUCCACAUUAAAAGAUGAAUGGAAAGAAUAUUGUAAAUUUGGCUGGAUCAUGUCUAUGUUAGUGAUGAAAGCAAAAACCACCGCACAAGAAGACAAAAUAGACUUAUUUGAUAUUAACAAUAGUGAUAAUAAAAUAGAAAUGGCUAAGAAAAUGGUUCGGGGGACACCUUCCGAAGAAUACGACAGAAGAGUACGCGAACUCUUAUUGCAUGUUUAUAAAUUAGGUGGCCUGUAGGAUUGUAACAUAUAAUAUUUUAAGUAUAUGGGUAUAUUUUCAGUUAUUUCAAUAAACUAUUUUUUAAUAUAAUUUCUACUUAACAUCAAACACACUGAUUGCAAUUGAUAAUUUUUAUAGAAAGAAAAAUAUAUGGAUAUUGGUGAUUUAUUUAAAAAAAUCUUCCAUUGAUACAGUCUAUUAUUUGUGU